GGCAGUUGCCCGUCACGUGACUUGGGCAAGAUGGCGGCUCCCACGGAAGGGACCGACCUGGAAGCCUCCCUGUUGAGCUUUGAGAAGCUGGACCGAGCAUCCCCAGACUUGUGGCCGGAGCAGCUACCAGGUGUUGCUGAAUUUGCUGCUUCCUUCAAAAGUCCUAUCACCAAUUCUCCUCCCAAAUGGAUGGCUGAACUAGAAAAUGAUGAUAUUGAUAUGUUAAAGGAGCUGGGGAGCCUUACCACAGCAAACCUAAUGGAAAAGGUUCGAGGCCUGCAGAACCUGGCUUAUCAGCUAGGGCUGGAUGAAUCUAGAGAAAUGACUCGAGGGAAGUUCCUCAACAUCCUGGAGAAACCCAAGAAGUAGCUGCUGUUACUGGAACUCCGGCAAAAAUAUCCCUGUCUGGAUCAUCUCACCCCUCACUGCAGAUCCAGCUGAACACUAUGAUUUCCUAAAGAGAAGGAUAAAGCUCUUGGCUCUAGAACUACAGAAGCAAACCUCUCUACUGCUUCCACAGCUCUUCUCCUUACUGACGAGCAGCAUUCCAGACAUUGCUCACAAUGAUUGUCAGUAGUUCCAUCAGCACUGAGACUUCAUCCAACCUUUUCGGCACCUGAUUGCCAGGAAAACUCAACCUUAGCAUGCUGUGGCAAAGUUAUGCAGCAAUCUUUCUAUAAACCAUUCAAAGCAGUACAUCCCCAGUGGCCUCACUCAGUUGCUCUCAGUGGUGGCAUCUAUUAAACCAGGGUCUUUGUGAUGCUGGCCAGUACCUCUGGGUAAUGCAUUGACUCUUCCAUGUGUCUCUCUUGCCUUAGGAAUAGUGAGUCUAUGUGUGUAAUUU